ACUUAGCAGAGCACAGUGAUCCUGAGAUUGUUGGGUGGAGCAUUGUGACUGGCUGCAGGAACUUCUGUAACUGGAGAGGCUUGAGGAAGAGAAGGAGUAAGAAAGUGGCCUGAAUAUCUGGAGGUGUGGGGAUGCGCGGCAUGGGUGGAAGCCAUCACUGCCUGGAGACCUGAAUUAGGACCGGGUGAUUGCUGGCAGAGCAUCUCAGGCCUGCUUUAAGACUCCUCACUUCUGCAAGGAAGGAAAGGAAGAGAAGACUGGCUCAGCUCUCUGGAGGUUGGAGUGAAGAGGGGCAGUGCAGGGGGCAGCUGCAGGGACGGGCUGCCCUCUGCUGUGUGCUUACUACCACCGGAACAAAGAAAGGAGGGGGAAAUUGCACCCCAUCAGUGCAGAGCCACUUCCAGCUGCAGCUCAGUUGAUGUUGGACUUGCUGCUGACCCGCCCUCAACAGGUCUGCACCCAUUCUGGAACCAUCCAUCCUCUCUGAGAUUGCUUGUGCCUCAUCUUCUCUCUGUAUUGUUGGCUGAGUUUGGGCUUGAACAGGUGACUGACUGGCUGCUGAAGUGGUGAUUGACUCAAUUUCUUAUUUCCAACUUGAAUAAUUGAGCAAUCCGAAAGUGAAGAACAAAACUGUGAUACAUCUGUGGUAGAGACUGAGACUGGUAUAGGGGUAUCCUCUGUAAUUUGAACCAUGACUGGGGCGGAGAUUGAGCCUGGUGCCCUGGCCAAGAUUGAAAAGAAGGCUGGAGAAGAGGCAGGAGGUGGGGCUGAGAGAGAGAAUGAGGCCCCAAUGGUGGUCAGACCCAAGGUUCGGACCCAAGCCCAUAUGCCUGAUGUAAGGCCCAAAACUGAAUCUAAGACUAUGUCUGGGGCAAGGCCUAAAAUUGCGUCCAAGGCUAUGUCUGGAGCAAGGCCCAAGACUGAAUUCAGAGCAAUAGGUAGGAGAUGGCCCAAAAUUGAGGCCAUGGUAGUAGGUGGGGCACAUCCUGAGACCAAGAAUGAAACCCACUCAUGGCCCCAAAAUGUGUAUGAUGCUGAAGCAGUGUUGAAAACAGAAAGAGUAUCUCAAAUCAGUACCACAGCCUGGCCACUGGUCAGUACUGAGACUGGGUCUGAUGUCAAAGCUAAUACGUUGUUUGUGGAUAGGGACUUGGUCAGUGUGGAUGCUGUUUCCUUUCCUGGCACCAAGGUCAAGUCCCAAUCAGGAAUCCAGCCUUUACUGAACUCAGAGGAAGAGGCCAGUACAGGAUCCUGGUGGUGUCACAGGCCUACGUCCCAACAAGAGCCCUCGCACAAUUGUGGUUUUAGGUGGGCAGAUGGACCCUCUCUGAGUUCCUGGUUUUGGGGUGGAGAAGAGGGCAGUGCAAGAUUUUGUCCUAGCAGCGGGAUAAAUGUCAGUAUGAGGUCCAGGCACAUGGACAAAAAAGGAGCCAUGUCUAGGCCCAAAACCAAUUGGGAGCUCAAUAUUGGGUCUAGUUCUAGUUCUGAGGACGAAUCUGUUAAGACAUCCUGCUUCUGGGCUGGAGAAAAAACCAGUAUCUGGUCUAGACCCAGAGAAGAGCCCAAUAAUAGGUUCAGGUUUACAUUCAAGAAAGAAGUUUCUGAGUCCAGUUCUAUGUCUGAAUGUGAGGACAAUGUGAAGCUCUGGUUCUGGGCUGAAGAGGAGGCCAAAUCCAGGCCUAAACCCAGAGCCAGGAAAGGGGCCAGUGUCAGGGCCAGAGAGAGGGCUGAGAGAGAAGCUUCCACUGAUUUCAUGUCUGGGUCCAAAGGUAUAGUCAACAAAAAAUCCUGGCUCUGGCCUGUAGAAAAGGAUAAUACCUUGUCAAGGCGCAAGUGCAAAAAAGAGGCUAGGGACAGAGAAAUUGCAAAGGAAGAGGCCAAAAUCGAGGCAAGAGCCAAGGCUAAGCGAGAAGCCAGGUCUGUGGAAGAAUUUUCCACUGGGACCUGGUUCAGGGCUGCAGAAGAGUCUAGCAUACUGGGUGGGGACAGUGUCAAGUCCAGCCCACAAGUGGAGAAUGAGUCCAUUGUUGGCAGUUGGUUCUGGAAUGAAGAAGAGGCCAGCAUGGGGACUAAGGACAUCAGUAACUCUAAACCAAAGACUGAGGAGGAGCCUAUUGGGAAUUCCAUGCUAGGGACAGAGAAAGAGACCAGUAUGGAAACUGGGGCUGAGGCUACCUCUGAUUGUGUGCUAGCAGCUAAUGAAGAAAAGGUCAUUGUUGGUUCCUGCUUUUGGACUGCUGAGGAAACCAACCCAGAGCCUGAGGAAGAGCCCAUUUUUGGGUCUUGGUUUUGGGUCAGUGAUGAAGCCAGUGAGGAAGCUGGUGUUGGGGACAGCUGCAAAUCCAGACCAAGGUUGAAGGAAGAAGGCAUUGCUGUUCCCUUGUUUUGGACUGGAAAGGAAGUCGGUACAGAGGCUGAGGCUGGAGAAGAGGCCACACCAGUAGAUGAAGAGACAAUACUUGGAUCCUGGUUUUGGCCUGGAAACCAGGCCCAGAUGGAUUCUGGGAGUGAAGUAAACUGUGAUACUAUUCCAGGGACUGAGGAGGAAGAGCCCAUUAUUGGGCCGUGGUUCUGGGCAGGGCUAGAAGCUUGUGUGGGAACUGGAGUCAACAGCAAGUCUAACAUGGAGGAGAAGGAAGAGGUUAUUAUAUCACCUCGGUAUGGGACCACAGAAGAGGUCAGCAUGAAGUAUGAGACUAGUGCCAGGUACAAAUUUAUGGCAGAGGCAGAAGAGACCAGUGACUCUUGCUUAUGGGCAGCAGAUCACUCUGCAUAUCCUGCCAGUGGUGGCAUCUGGAAGGCUAGGCCAGAGGAGAAACAGGACACUGCUGAUUCCUGGUUUUGGUCCAGAAAAUACGCAAGGCCAGAGACCAUGAUAGGGCCCUGCUUAUGGGCUGUGGAAGAGAGCAGUAUAGAUGAUGGGACUGAAGAAGAAGAUAGGUCACUGACUGAGGAGGAAACCCUGAUCGCAUCCUGGUUCUGGAAAGCGGAUGAAGCCAUUAUAAGUUCUACAGAUGGAGAAGAAUCCAGGCUAGAAGCUGAGGAAGAGGAUAUUAUUGCUUCUUGGUUCUGGGCUGGGGAAGAGAACGGGGUCAAGACAGCAGCUGAGGCUAGAGAAGACAGGCUAGCUGCUGAGGAGGAAGCUAUUGUCGGGUCCUGGUUCUGGGCAGGAGAUGAGGCCCAUUUUGAACCAAAUCCUAGCCCUGUGUUCCGGGCCAUUUGCAAGUCCAGGUAUUCAGUUGAGCAGGAGCCUGAUGCUUCACGCAGGCCCCAAAGCUGGGAGGAGGUCACUAUUAAGUUCAAGCCUGGUCCAUGGGGUAGAGUUGGCUUCCCAUCCCCAAACCCUUUUAGAUUUUCAAAAGAAGCAGCAUCUCUGUUCUCUGAAAUGUUUUGGGGAAAGCCCAAGGAUUUGGAACCUACCCCAGAAGGGGAGGAACGGGAAUCUUUGCUUCCACCUGAUCAGCCUGACCCUGAGUUCCCCUUUCAGUAUGAUCCAUCCUACCGGUCAGUCACAGAAAUUCGAGAGCAUCUUAGGGCCAAGGAGAGUGCAGAGACUGCCGAUUGGUCCUGCAGCUGCAUACAGUGUGAGCUUAAAAUUGAUUCUGCAGAGUUUGAAGAACUCCUUGUAUUAAUGGACAAAAUUCGCGAUCCUUUUGUUCAUGAAAUAUCUAAAAUUGCAAUGGGUAUGAGAAGUGCUUCUCAAUUUACCCGAGAUUUUAUUCGCGAUUCAGGUGUUGUCUCACUUAUUGAAACCUUGCUCAGUUAUCCCUCCUCCAGAGAUAGGACAAGUUUUUUGGAAAAUAUGAUUCACAUGGCUCCACCUUAUCCCAACCUAAACAUGAUUCAGACAUACGUAUGUCAAGUGUGUGAAGAAACCUUUACUUAUAGUUUAGAUUCCCCUGAACAGCUGUCUGGAAUAAAGAUGGUUAGACACCUCACUACAACUAUUGACUAUCAUGCAUUGGUUGUCAAGUAUAUGUCUGGGUUUCUCUCCUUAUUAGCCAUGGGCAAUACCGAAACAAGGUUUCAUGUUCUGAAAGUGCUACUGAAUUUGUCUGAAAAUCCUGCCAUGAUGAAAGAACUACUCAGUGUUGACGUAAUAUCAGAAUUCAUGGACCUUUUUAACAGGAAAGAGACAAAUGACAAUAUUCAAGUUGUUCUAGAAAUGUUUGAGAAUAUUGGUAACAGUAUCAAAAAAGAAGCAGUGUUGUCCACUGAUGAUGAUUGCAGUCUUGAGUCACUUAUUACUGCUUUCCAUGAAGUUGAGGAAUUUGCUAAGAAACUACAAGUCAAAAUACAUAAUCAAAAUGACCCUGAGGCACACCAAGAAAAUUAGCAUGCCUCUCAUUGUCCUUCUGUUCUGUGUUGUGAUCUUUGAAUAAUGUUUGAUUUCCAUAUUUGGUUCUAUGUUGCCACAUACAUCUUUAAUCCUGAUACUAACCUUGACCAACUUGGUAUAUGACCUGAAUCAUUCUUCUGAUGCCAAAUGAAUAUUAAAAUUGAAAACACAUCUGUUAAUAUAUUUGUCUUUUGUCCAGAUUGUGAUAUUUAGCAUUUACGCUUAUAGAGAACUGAGCCACCUUAUAAGUAAGGUACCUUUCUGAUUGCUGUUCUAGUGCAUUGAUGUGUCUUUGAGUCUUACUUGUUUUGCCAAUAAAAUUCUAUGUUAAA